AUGACUCCUGGAUUUUUAAGGAUUGCAUGGAGCACUGUGCACUGUGGACAACUACUGCAUUCUGUUUCUGGUGAAGUUAGCCGAGGACAAUUUACCUACUACAUAUUGAUGUUUGAUGGUCCUAUUACCUUAAACUUGUACUCUCAUGUAGGGGAUGCUGAUUUAUACAUUUCUCAACACAUAUCCAAACCAACAUAUGAACCAGAUUCCCAUUGUUUACAAUCUGUCACUUGUGGUAUAGAUACUGUUCAUAUUCCUGCUUCAUUUAAAAGACCAAUUGGGAUUGGGGUUUAUGGUCAUACUUUCCAUGAUAUUAGCCACUACCAACUAGAGGCAACUUAUAGUGAUGAUGAAAACCCGGAAUUCGAUGUAUUUUCAAGAGACAACAGCAGUUUUGAAGAUAUAGAAGAAGAGGUUCAAGGAGAUAGAACAGAUGAGCAUUCACAAAGUGUGAGGGCCAGGCGUUCAGAUUCAAGAAAUUCUAGAGAUAUAGAGGGGCUUGAUUUGGAUGAAACAGAGAGUGAAGAAGGGGAGGUCUCUGCUCUUUGGGCAUUAAUUUGGCCUUUCAUUAGUAUUUUGUUGGAAGUACUAGUCCUUUAG